AUCGCGCAUGCGUAUUUCUCGCCACGUGGUGUAACGCAACAUGGCGACUUCUCCGAACAGGUGCUGUGCUUUUUCUGUCACCGACAGUUAUUUUGCCACUUCUAGUGCAGAUGGCAGACUUUCCAUUUGGGAUUCUAAAACAGGAGAGGUUAAUCAACAUUACACCCCAAGUUCCCAUCUAUCAUCGUCGUGUACCUGCUUGGCAUGGCAGCGAAAAUUACGUCGAUCCGAGGAAAAUCGAAAGAGAAAGAAAAGGAGAUCUGCUCAGGCAGACAUUGAAUCAACAAAUUCUGAGGCCAUUUCACCUACCAACCUUCUUGCUUUAGGGACAAUAGCUGGAAGCGUUCUUCUCUACAGUGUCUUAAAAGGGGACUUGCAUUCCAGACUGGAUGGAGGUCAUGAUGAUACAGUCAAUGAUGUAUGCUGGCAUUCUAGUGAUAAUACUUUAUACAGCUGUUCAGAAGACAUGUACAUUGUGGAAUGGGAUAUCACAAAUAGGACUGUCAGAAGUAAGUGGAAAGGAGACAAAACAUCUGUGUAUUCAAUCUGUAUUUGUCCGGGAGGAACUACAAUGCUAAGUGCAGGCAGAACAAUCCAACUCUGGAAUCUUCACACCAAAGCUGUCUUAAAAAAAUUCACUGGUCAUGCCAGCCCUGUGACUAGACUGAGGGUGGUACCAACAUUUUCACCAGAUUCGGAGAAAGAUGAUCCUCUGGACUCGGUUGAAGGACUCUAUUUCAUGUCAUCAGCUGUUAGUGAUAGAAUUGUGAAUGUUUGGCAAAUUAAGUCGGGCAGUAAGGACAAGGCUCCUCUUGCCUCAUUUGCUGUUCCAGAUGAGCCCAGUGAUUUUGAUGUCUGUGUGUCUUCAAAUUCGGAGGUAUACACUUCUGUAGUCUGUCAGUCAGGACAAGUCCACAUAUUCCAGACUGUACUUAAUGGAAGGGCAAGAAAACCAUUUCAAGCAAGACAUGUGGUCAACGUGACAACAGAGGGAAGCAAACUUUCUCCUGCAAGGCCUAUUCCAAUCCUGACAUCACAACUUCAUUUAGUUGAAGGUCAACCACAACUCAAGAUUGCCUAUGGUGUCAAUCUCAAGCCAGCUUUUGAAUCAUUAAGUUUAGAUUCCAAAGAGAAAGAGAUCUGUUUAAUACGAGAUGACCACUUACAAGCAGAUAAGAAAAGAGAUGAACCUGGAGACAGAGUGAAAAGACCAAUAACAUCAGGUGAUGUGACAGUAUUGGGUCCAAACAACAUGGCACCUAGUCGACCAAUUCAGGGACUUGAAGAACCGUCAAAAUCAGCGCGGAAGAAGGCUAAAAGGAAAUCUCUUAGAACAGAGCUAAGUAUGGAAGACAGAUUGAAUGCCCUUAGUAUUGCUCAAGCUAGACCAGACAUUGAUAAAAGUCAACCUCCACGAGCUGAUGUCAUGGUAACAUUACUAUCACAAGGACUUCAGAGUCAGGACAGGGAACUACUAGAUAGAGUACUGAAGCAGGACCGAGCUAAAGUAGUCGCCAACACGAUAAAGAGACUACCAGUACCUCUCAUCGUACCCCUUGUUCAAGAGCUAGCCAGAAGGAUGAACACUGCUCCGCAAAGCGGAUUGGUAAUUGCCCACUGGACAAAAGAAGUUUUACGAGAGAGGGCGUCCUAUCUCAUGACCUGUCCUGAACUAAUGCUGAGAUUAAGUCAUAUCUAUGAGACCAUUAAUACAAGAACAAGCAAUGGUGGCAAACUUGGUAGGCUACAUGGCAAAUUGGACCUCAUGUUGGCUCAGAUAUCAUCACAAGACGACACUGCAGAGGCUAGCCAUACAGACCAAGCACUGAUGCUCUAUGAAGAUGAAUCUUCAGAUGAGUUAGACCUUAUGGAGGAUGGACUUGCUAUCCACUCAGAAUCAGAGGGUGAAUGGGAUGAGCUUUCAGAAUCCUCAGAAAUGGAAGUACAGCAAGACGAUCAGGCAGAUGAUUCAGAUAGUGAAGAGGAUGAAGAGGAAGUUGAUGACGAUGAUGACGACGAAACAUGAAAGUGCCCUCUCUUGGAUGGAGUGUAAUUUUUUAUUUGAACAAAAAUAUUGAGAAAAUAUAUAUGACUACUCAAUUCGAGAAAAGUCAGAGAUAUGUUUUUAUCUUUGCCAAUCAAUGCAUUGUAACAUACAGUAGGAGUAUUGCACCAUACAUGAUUUUCAUAUAUCAAGGCAUUUGUAACCAGCAUUGUUGCUUAAUGGACUCACAGCAUGUAAUUUGAAUGGCUCACAUACUAUCAGUACUGGAAUCUGUAUCCAAUGUAAAGGUUGGUUCAUUCAUACAUGAAGUAAUCCAACACUUUAAGUGUAGAAAUAAAGCUUUAUGCACAAAUUGUUUUGCUCUUGCUGUAUGAA